AUGUGUGAUGACUUUAAAAGUUCCAUGAUGUUGGAAUUUGACAUGACUAACUUAGGGAAGAUGAGAUAUUUUCUUGGAGUUGAAAUUAUGCAGAAUACACAUGGAAUUUUCAUGUGUCAAAGAAAGUAUGCUCAGGAGGUUUUAUCUCGAUUUGGUAUGCUGAACUGCAAUGCUGUCAAAAAUCUGAUUGUACCGGGAACAAAACUGUCUAGGAAUGAUGCAGUGGCCAAGGUGGAUGCUACUCUGUUCAAGCAAGUAGUUGGAAGUCUCAUGUAUUUGACUGCUACUAGACCAGAUUUAAUGUUUGUUGUCAGUUUAAUCAGCAGAUUCAUGGCUAACCCCACAAAAACCCACUGGUCUGCAGCCAAACAAAUUCUAAGAUACUUGAAGGGGACUACUGAAUUUGGAAUUCUCUACAAAAAGGGAGAAAAACUGACACUGGUUGCCUAUACUGACAGUGACUUUGCUGGAGAUAUAAAUGACAGAAAAAGCACAUCUGGACUUGUUUUCAUGUUAGGAACUGGAGCUAUUUCAUGGUCCUCCAAGAAGUAG